AUGCUUGACAUUCACCGCGCCGAUCCAGCACAGGAUUCGAAAGUCUACUUCACUCACAGCGUCCUGCCUUCGUACAUUGACCCGCAAAAUGUCACCACAAAAAAGAAGCCAUUCUCGACAUUCAACAAGCAAAAGUUCAGCCACAACUUAGACCUGAUCCUCCCAGAAGAGAUAUAUGAGCUUGUCAGGGACGAAUUGAGGCGAGGCGACGGCCCGGCAAGAGCACAGUAUGCACGAGUACACAUGAAGCUUGGGGAGAUGCUCGAGGGAGACUUUUUGGAUGGGUAUAUCAAACAGGGAAACAUCGCGAUGCUUAGCGAAGGCCGGCCACUCGUUGAUGAUCGAUUUGAGCUAUAUGAGGGCGUCUUACGUAUGGAACUCACACGUCCGACGUACGAACGGUGCGGUCUCCAGGGAAUACCAAUCGAAGAUGGCGGAAAGAAACACCAGAAGCAAUGCUGGGUUGUCGAGUAUGACUUGCGCGCGAAUUCCAUGAAGCAUGGCAAGAAAGGGUUUUCGAGACUGGAGUGGGCAUGCAAGAAUGUUCUCAACCGCUCGCUCACGUGGCUGUUCUACAACUUUAACCCCUCGUCCGCCGAGUCGCUCUCUGAGGGCAAGGAGCCUAUUUCAAAGCAUGCGCCUUGGUUACAUGAGAUUGCACCAGAGCAGUCAAGUAUACAAGAGGUACUUGUGCCGCGUUUUUCACCUGGCGACCUUACAGAGUUGUGUGCUGAAGAUACGCUUGACCUGCUAGAGUACAUGCACAUGUUGAGCUUGGAUUCGCCUCGUGUCAACAAAGGAGACGACAUAAACCCACACCUAUCGCGGUACGAGGUACCGGACUUUGGCAAAGGUAUCGGGACGGACCGCGUUGUUGUAGUACGAUGGAAAGGAUUUAUCCCCCCAGCUUUUGUUCGCAAUGUCUUCCUGGCCGUCCGAAAAGAGACAUUCAAGAACAAGAAGCGACGCGGCGCAAACCAAGAGGGAGACAUCAAUAUGGAAGAUAAUAGCACAAUGGAAGGAAAGCAGAAAGAGUGGUUCUCCAUGAGUGCGCAGGCUUUCGGAGGCAAAAAUGCCUGGACAGUUAUGCAGUCCACGGACCGGCAGACACUGACUUGGGAGAUUGAGAGUACAACUGGAAGCUAG